AUGCUGUCUGCGACGGCGCCUAGCUUUCAGCCUAGUAGCGGUGAUGCUAGCAGCACAGCGCGAGCCGAUGCCACCUCAGCGAUCGGUGGCGACGCUGGACUGUCUGCACCAGGUCGGGGCAGAGGUCGAGGUGGUAGAGGACGCAGUAGGGGUGCUCGUAGACCACAAGGUCAUCCCAGAGAGCCUACAGAGCCUGCAGCUAUCGAGUUGCGAGCUCCCGAAGGAGUGCAACUGCCCCGAGGAGGCAGAGGACGGAGGAGGGCUCAAUUUGGCCAGAAUCUGACAGUCGACGGCGCAGGCCAGACGGCGAGCAAUGACACCACUACAUCGUCGUCUGCCGCUUCAUCUGCCCAAGGUGAACCACCUCGUCGACCACGCCAUGCACGCAGACCGGCAUCUGCAUCUACGACGGCGCUGAUGACCAAUGGCCAUCAGUCGCUCAGAGAAAGAUUGACGGAGGAGCUGACGAAGCAAACGUCCGACUGUAUGAUCUGUAUGAACACUAUCAAGCGCAACCAGAGCAUACACUCUUGCUCAAUCUGCUACUCUGUCUUGCACCUAAGCUGCAUUCAAAAGUGGGCUCACACCUCUGUCGAUGCGAUCAAAGAGCGACUCCGCAUUACAGAAGCAGCUGCACCUGAUACCAUAGAAUGGCGAUGUCCAGCCUGUCAGACUGGCUUCGCCGAAGAAGAGAUACCCAAGAAAUACAAAUGCUUUUGCGGCAGAGCGAAUCAGCAGGCCCACGCAAAUUCAUCUAUACCCCAUUCCUGCGGCUCACAGUGCACGCGUGCCCGACCAGAAGGCUGUACACAUCCUUGCCCCCUUAUCUGUCACCCUGGGCCGUGCGAUCAGUGUCAAAUUCCAGUUCAUCAGACCUGCUAUUGCGGCAAGCAGCAAAAGACACUCAAAUGUUCAGCCAUACACCCCAGCAUCGUAAGGGCUGGCGUCGACGCAUUAGCUAUUCAGACGCAAUCGGCCGAUUCGGUGAGCUGUCAUCAGACUUGCGGUAAGAUCAUGGCGUGUGGUCUCCACGCAUGCUCGCAAGUCUGCCACGCGGGCGACUGCGGCCCCUGCGACAUCCCGCGCCAAAAAGAGUGUUUUUGCGGGCAAUUCUCACGCACAGAGGCUUGCUCUGCGACCUCAGCAUCAGACCGCACGCGUUGCUACACCAUUGACGCAGACGAGGCACACGCAGGCGAAUACAGCUGCGACAAGGCGUGUCCCUGGAGGUACGACUGCGGUCUGCAUCACUGUGAAGCUGGCGCCUGCCAUCCACAUCUGGCUAAAGAGCUAUCGAUCUGUCCAAGAUCGCCAGCCGUGAUGUCAACGUGCCCUUGCGGCAAAACGCCGCUAUCUGCAUUGGCAGACAAGCCUCGCUCGACUUGCAGCGAUCCCAUACCUUCCUGUGGUGCCGUCUGUGGUAAGAUGCUCGCCGGUUGCGAUCACCUGUGUGCUCGAAGCUGCCACAAUGGUCCCUGCGGCGAAUGCCACGAGCUCAUCUCGACGGUUUGUCGUUGCGGCAAUGAAAAGGUUUCUCGGACUUGCGCUCAAGCUUCCCAAGAAGACGGCGACUAUCUCUGCGAGCGCGUUUGUCGCUCCCUGCGCCAUUGCAAGCGCCACGAAUGCGGUCGGAUUUGCUGCCCUAUGCAGUUCGAGGAAGGUCUGGGUCGGCGUAAAGGCAAGCUCCGAGGUAGAGCGGAAGAGAUGCAAGAUCCGAUGGGUUGGCAUCAAUGCGAUCGCGUCUGCGGCCGCAAGCUUUCGUGCGGCAAUCAUACUUGCCCGCUCAAUGACCAUGCGGGCAAGUGUCCGUCCUGUCUACAGAGCAGUUUCGAGGAGCUCAUCUGCCAUUGCGGAUUGACGGUCAUUGAGCCGCCUGUUCGAUGCGGCACUGUCAUCAUCUGCAACCGCCCCUGCAUUCGUCCGCAUCCUCCCUGUGGUCAUCCCAAAGUCCCACAUGCCUGUCACGAGACAGAAGAAUGCCCCGCUUGUCCUUUCCUUACAGCAAAGGCUUGUCAAUGUCAUCGGCAGACGCUCGUCAAGAACGUCAGAUGUUCUUCGGCGCUGAUCAGCUGCGGCAAGCCAUGCGAGCUUACUCUCGCUUGCGGUGCUCAUCAAUGCCCACGCUCCUGUCACAUUGGACCUUGCAGUCCCUGCGCUCAAGUGUGUGCAAAGCCUCGAAAGUUCUGCGGCCACCCCUGUCCUUUGCCGUGUCAUGCGCCUGCAGCUUGCAAGAUCGACUCGCCUUGCCCGGAGCUCGUCGUUGCUAAAUGCGAGUGUGGCAACCUCACGCAGCGUCUCGUUUGCGGCAGCUGUCAAGCUCAUCCAUUAUCCAACGAGUCUAAAGAGCUUAAAUGUAAUGACGGCUGCGCAGUCGCCAAGCGCAAUGCUACUCUUGCAGCUGCUUUGGGGCUAGAGAAGAAAUCAACGCCGACGCUCAAAUCGACCUGGCUGCCUGAGACGAUCGAAUUCUACCGCAAUAAUACGAUCUUUGCAAGAAAUGUCUACGCGGCGGUUCUGUCCUUUGUUGCAGAGACUGACAAAGCGCGUCACAUGCUACCUCGAAUGAAACGGGAGCAGCGCAAAUAUGUCCACGAGCUGGCCGAGCAGUUCAAUCUCGAAUCGGAGGCUUUUGACGAGGAGCCCAACCGUUCCAUUCAGGUAACGAGGCGACUUGCGACCGUCGUGCCGACUCCAACUCUGGCUGAGGCGGUGGCCAAGUCCAAGCAGUCUACACAAUUGCAGAGCGGACCGAUUCGUAGAACUGCUCUUGUAAAGCCGGAAGCAAACGCGCUGUGCCUGCUCGAAGUCUUCGGGGUCGAUGAAGCCGUCCUGCGCGACACCCUCAGUCCUCACGUGCAGUCAACCCCCUUUGCCCUCGUCUGGGUCAAAGAUGAUACUGUCAUUGUCCGCUUUGCACCUCUUGGUACCGCUGCCGAGCUCACGCAACGCGUAGCCGCCAUAUACGCUUCGCUCAAAACCUCAACACUCUCCUUCAAGCGAGUUGAAAAGGCACAUGUCGAUCCUUCGAAUGGAAAGGUCGUCUGGGUCGGACAACAACAGCAAUGGCUCACAAGCCCCAGCAGAACGCCUGUUAGCAGACCAUCGACACCUCAACCAAGCGUGUGGGCUAGACCAGCGCCGACCAAUGCAUUCAGCGCUCUUGCAACAUCACCACCUGUGCCGACACAGCCAAUACAAGCUCUCGCACCGGGCGAUGUCUUGAGCGAUGGUCUUCACCGUCCUCCACAGAGUGUAAUCGCUGUCGAGCAUGUCGAUCCUCCUGACGAGUGGGACAUAGAAGCCUAG